CAACGAGAGUUGAACGAGAUUUCAAAAAGAAGAUGGCUGCGCCCAUGUAAGCUACACGAGAUACUUUACGGGAAAACAGAUGUGAUAACAGAUUUUGACAGGAACAUAUUCACAUAGUGUAUGCUUGUUUGUGACACUUGAAAUGGCGAGACAUCAUAGAUUAAAACAGCGAAAACCUAUCUUAGAUUCUGGAAAGAAGAAAGGUGGUACACAAACUACUAAAAACAAAAGAACUGGUCCUGCAAACCACAGUAAGAAACAUGUUCCUUCUAAACCUCGAUUUCAGAAAGGAAAUGCAGACGAUCAGGAAGAUAAACAUAAAAAGAAGAAGAAGGUGACAUGGAAAGGAAAAGGCAAAAAGGAAGAGUCAGACGACGGCUCUGAUUUUGAAGAGGUGUCUGCCUUGCUAACAAAGUAUCAGCCACAAGAAGAUGUGGAUUCAACAGAUACCGACAGUGACGAAGAGAUAAAGGAAACAAGAAAACUGGUCACACAGCAAAACAGGAAAAAGAAGAAAUCUGGAGGCUUCCAAUCAAUGGGUUUCUGUCACCAGGUGUAUACAGGAAUAAUUCGGAAAGGCUACAAGAUACCAACCCCCAUACAGAGGAAGACAAUUCCUCUGAUCCUCGAGGGAAAAGACGUUGUUGCCAUGGCGAGGACUGGCAGUGGAAAAACAGCAGCCUUCCUUCUGCCGAUGUUUGAAAAGCUUAAGAUGCACACAGCAAAAGCCGGAGCAAGGGCGCUCAUCAUGUCCCCUACUAGGGAGCUGGCAUUACAGACCCUCACAUUCACUAAGGAGCUUGGCAAGUUUACGGGUCUGAAGGCAGCCGUCAUCCUGGGAGGUGAUAAAAUGGAUGACCAGUUUUCUUCACUCCAUGAAAACCCUGACAUAAUCAUCGCCACACCUGGACGACUGUUACAUGUUUUAGUCGAAAUGAACCUACGGCUGAUGAACGUGGAGUAUGUCGUGUUUGAUGAGGCUGACAGAUUGUUUGAGAUGGGAUUCCAGGAGCAACUCCUUGAGAUUAUUCACCGUCUGCCCGAGUCGCGCCAAACUCUACUUUUCUCUGCCACCCUUCCCAAGCUGCUGGUAGAGUUUGCCAAGGCGGGCCUCCACGACCCAACUCUCCUACGACUCGACGUGGAAACCAAGCUUAGCAACCAGCUGAAGAUGUCGUUUUUCCACUGCCGUGAAGAAGAGAAACAGGCCAUAUUAUUACAUAUACUGAAGAAUGUGAUAGAAGAGGACACACAGAGUGUAAUAUUUGUUGCAACUAAACAUCAUGUGGAAUAUGUUAAUUUGCUGCUAGAGAAGGCAGGCAUCGACUGCUCUUACAUCUACAGCUCGCUAGACCAGACAGCUCGUAAAAUCAACAUCGCCAAGUUCCAGCUGAAAAAAGUUAAGGUCCUGCUGGUAACGGAUCUGGCUGCACGAGGAAUAGAUAUCCCACUCCUCGACAAUGUCAUCAACUACAAUUUCCCGGCCAAGUCCAAAUUAUUUGUGCACAGAGUUGGUCGUGUGGCAAGAGCUGGCCGGAGUGGGACAGCCUUUUCCCUGGUGGCCCAGGAUGAAGUGCCCUAUCUCAUCGACCUUCAUGUGUUUCUUGGCAGGCAACUCAAGAUGGUGACCCCACGGACAGGCAAAGAUGAGGAGGGUCUCUAUGGCUGUGUUCCCCAGACAAUUGCGGACGAAAUGAACGAGAAGAUACGUAUCUGGAUGUCGGAGUCUAUAGACCUGGAGAAUCUGAAAAAGGUUAGCUUAAAUGCUCAGAAGAAGUAUGUUACAUCUCGGCAAGCACCUGCGUCCGAGUCAUUGAAACGUUUCAAAGAAUUAAAUCGUAAUGGAGUGAUUCCUGGGGUCCACCCUAUAUUUGGUGAGCUGAUUGAUGACUCGGGAAUGGAGCGUAUCAACCUACUUAACUCACUCAAGACCUACAAGAGUAAUACUACAAUAUUUGAAGUCAACUCCACAGCAAAGACACCGGCGUUUUCUGUGAUGAAGUCAAAGAGAGGCUGGCAUCAGAAUGUGAUCGAGCGUAAGAAUGAAAACGUGUCCGCAUUCCAGCAGAAGUCCCUGGAAAAGUUACAAGACGAGAGGUUGCAGAUGCAAGAAACAGUGGAGGACAAUGAGUUAGAGUCAGCGUUCAGUAAAGUGAUCGGAGGAAAGGAAAGUCAACGGGUGUUCAAACCGAAAGAGAAAAAACGCAAGUUUGUGGAAAUCAAGGAUGAAGAGAACUAUCUCAAUUAUCGCCCAUCUGACUUCCAGACCGAACGAGGAUUCAGUAUGGGGACCUCGUUUGAUAAAGAGAGUUCUGCCGUCCAGUUUGAUAUUGCAGGAGACGACGAUGACGCUAUCAAGAAAUUUAAGACUUCUGCUCGAUGGGACAGAAAGAAGAAGAAGUUUGUGAAGGAGGACAACAAUGACCCUAAGAAGAAGAAAAUACGAACUGAAAGUGGGGCUUGGAUCCCUGCCUCCUACAAGUCAAAUGCUUAUAAGGAAUGGCAGAACAAAAACAAGGUGGAUGAGGCAGAGGCCGACAGUGAUAACAAUGAGGGCGACAGAGAGGACAGAGGUUAUAUCAAGGUCCUUGGAGGCAAGGGCAGGAAAUGGCACACACAGGGUCAAGAAGGCUCCAAAGAUAGCUCAAAGAAUGGUAAAUUCAAGCGCCCUAAACAGGAACGCAAACGCCCCGAACAGAUUAUGAAAAGUAGAAACGCAAAAGCAAAGAAACAGGCCUUCCAAAAACAUCAGGAACAGACACGUCAAAAACGUAAAAACUUUUCCUCACAAAUGUCGAAAAAGAAAGGACGCAGAUAGACGUGUAUGCAAUCAGGAUGUUGAAAUGGGUAGGAGAAAACAAAAAUCAUUAAAAAAAUGUGAUAGAAUUAA